UGUUUUUAGAUUUUUUGGGAACCAAAGACCAUAAACGUAUCCAAACGGACCCUUUGUGGAAUUCUUGCGGAAUUGAGUUGUCAUCCCAUCGGAAUCUGAAGUUAUUUCCAUUAGAUGAACAAAAGAACAAUCUUUUCAAGGCCAAUUCUCAAGACCCACUUCCGUUUUUCCGUUAGUUUCUCAUGUAUUCCUUCUAAACGAACUCAAACUCAAUCUUUCCCAUCCCUUCCGAACCUGACAACCUGCAUUGCAACCCUACAGUCAUGCGCCCAGAACAAAAACCUCUUAAAAGGUAAACUGCUCCACUCACAUAUGCUCAUCAAUGGAUUACUCGACAUCUCUCCAUUAUCCAUCACAAGCCUUAUCAACAUGUACUCCAAGUGCAAUUGUAUCGGUGAUGCUUUAUUGCUUUUUAGUGAGUCAACUGAGGGUCAGAAUGUGUUUGCUUAUAAUGCUAUUAUAGCUGGUUUCACUGCCAAUGGAUUGCCAAAACUUGCAGUUGAAUUUUAUUGGAAAAUGCGGUUCACAGGCAUUAUGCCGGAUAAGUUUACAUUUCCGUGUGUAAUUAAGGCUUGUUCGCAGGUUUUAGAGGCUAGAAUGAUUCAUGGAUUGUUGGUUGGAUUUGGGUUAGAGUUUGAUGUUUUUGUUGGUAGUGCAUUGGUUCAUUGUUAUUUGAAGUUUGGGUUAAUGGAAGAGGCAAAACAAGUGUUUGAGGAAUUGCCUUUAAGAGAUGAUGUCGUGCUUUGGAAUGCGAUGAUUAAUGGGCAUGUGCAGAUUGGGGAGUUUGAUAAAGCAUUGGCGGUUUUUAGGAGAAUGGGUGAAGAAGGGGUCAUUCCGAAUAAAUUCACCGUUACAGGAAUUUUAUCUGCUUUUGCUAUGACAGGGGAUUUUAGUAAUGGUGGGGCAACUCAUGGGCUCGUGGUCAAAAUGGGUUAUGAUUCGGGUAUUGCAGUUUCAAAUGCAUUGAUUGCUAUGUAUGGCAAAUGCAAAUGCAGGUGGGAUGCAUUAGAGGUUUUUGGGAUGAUGGCUCAGAAGGAUAUAUUUUCUUGGAACUCGAUAAUCUAUGUUCAUGAGCAGUGUGGUGAUCAUGAUGAGAGUUUGAGGUUUUUCAAUCGGAUGUUGCAUGCUGGAGUUCAACCUGAUUUGGUCACGGUUACAACCAUCCUUCCAGCUUGUGCCCAUUUGGCAGCAUUGAAGCACGGUAAGGAGAUACAUGGGUACAUGAUCACUAAUGGCUUGUCUGCAGGUGAUCACAAUGAUGACAUAGAUGUUGAUGAUAUUCACCUGAGCAAUGCUAUUAUGGAUAUGUAUGCAAAAUGUGGGAGUAUGAGGGAAGCUCGCUUGGUUUUCGAUCAGAUCAGCUAUAAAGAUGUUGCAUCAUGGAACAUUAUGAUUAUGGGUUCUGGCAUCCACGGCUUUGGCAAUGAGGCAUUAGAUAUGUUCCAUUGUAUGUAUGAGGCAGACUUGAAGCCUGAUGAGGUCACGUUUGUCGGGGUUUUAUCUGCUUGUAGUCAUGCUGGCCUUGUAAGCCAAGGGCGAGAAUGUUUUGCACAAAUGCAGCCAAAAUAUGCUGUCGUUCCAACUAUUGAACAUUACACUUGCAUGAUUGACAUGCUAGGUCGGGCUGGACAACUUAACGAGGCUUAUGAAUUGGUAUCUACAAUGCCUAUUGAGGCCAACCCAGUGCCAUGGAGGGCUUUAUUGGCAGCUUGCCAGCUCCAUGGGAAUGCUGCUUUGGCUGAGGUUGCUGCACAUAAGGUAUGUGAGCUUGAACCAGAGCAUUGUGGAAGUUAUGUUCUAAUAUCAAAUCUUUAUGGAGCAGCUGGUCGAUAUGAAGAGGUAUCAGGGGUGAGGAAUGCAAUGAGGCAGCAAAAUGUGAGGAAGACACCAGGGUGUAGCUGGGUUGAACUCAAUGAUGGUGUGCAUGUCUUUGUAACCAGUGAUUGGACCCAUCCUGAAGCAUAUUUCAUCUAUACUGGACUAAAUUCGUUGACUGCUCGCCUGCGUGAGCAUGGAUAUGUGCCAGAUGUCUUGCAAGGAACUAACUAGAGUAUAAGAUGCCUUUUCUCCUGGGCCAGGAGGAAGAAUGGAUUACAAAUCUGAUUUGGCUUGCAUUGUAGCCCUAUAUGCACUUGUACACAACUAGAUGUAUGGAUGACAUUUGAAACAAUACAUUUUACAGCUUUAAAGGUGUAAAACUGAAGUCCAACAAAUGGAAGGAGGAUGAGUGGUAGCACCUAAGCAACCAUUUCAGCAAGGGUUGCCGCCUGCAGGUUCACAGCAUCAAUAUGGAAGAUUGAGUUCAUGUUGUCAGUCUGAUAAAGUGAGAUGCAACUGGCAAGUUGAACUUCUUCAUUUUCUUCAUUUUACAUCUUUGUUUAUUUAGUUCCUGUGCUAGCUUAAAUUAUAUACUGCGAGUGUA